GGUGUUACACGUCACAACGCGGAAGUGAAGCGCUACUCUCGGCUCUGUUGAUGCUUUCGUGACUCCGCGGGCAGAAAACGUAACUUUUAACCGGAGCUAUGGCGGUGAGCGCGGUUCACCUGGAGUCGGACGCCUUCCUGGUGUGUAUGAACCACGCGCUGAGCACCGAGAAGGAGGAGGUGAUGGGUCUGUGCAUCGGGGAGGUGGAGGCGUCCCGCAUCGUCCACAUCCACUCCGUCAUCAUCCUCCGCCGCUCCGACAAGAGGAAGGACCGGGUGGAGAUCUCCCCGGAGCAGCUGUCGGCAGCGUCCACGGAGGCGGAGCGGCUGGCGGACAUGACCGGGAGGCCGAUGCGGGUGGUGGGCUGGUACCACUCCCACCCGCACAUCACCGUGUGGCCGUCCCACGUCGACGUGCGGACCCAGGCCAUGUACCAGAUGCUGGACCAGUGCUUCGUGGGCCUCAUCUUCUCCUGCUUCAUCGAGGACAAGAACACGAAGACGGGCCGCGUGCUGUACACCUGCUUCCAGUCCGUGCAGGCGCAGAAGGGCUCCGAGUACGAGCGCGUGGAGAUCCCCGUCCACGUCGUGCCCCGGGAGGCCAUCGGGAAGGUGUGCCUGGAGUCGGCCGUGGAGCUGCCGCGGAUCCUGUGCCAGGAGGAGCAGGACACGUACCGGAAGAUCCACAGCCUGGCGCACCUGGACCCGGUCACCAAGAUCCACAACGGCUCGGUGUUCACCAAGAACCUGUGCAGCCAGAUGUCGGCGGUGAGCGGGCCGCUGCUGCAGUGGCUGGAGGACCGGCUGGAGCAGAACAAGCAGAGCAUCGUGGAGCUGCAGCAGGAGAAGGAGAAGCUGCUGCAGGAUCUGGCGGCUCUGUGACGCUAAAAACUACCACUCUAUGGACACAAGACAAAGAUUGUAUGUUUAGUUUUGCUCGUUUCAUCUUGUUUUCUAUUUUGUUUACACAGCCAGCAGACAAAAUGGACACAGUUUUGUGGGAAGACAUUGACAGUCAUGCACUUGGGUUUCAGAACCCACCUGCACACGUGACCCUCUGUAUAAGGGGGCGCGCUUAUAGAUUAGUUACUUAAUUGAAUUUAAAUCGUAGUUUGGCUGAAGUUCAGUUUUAUUCACUUCACAGACAAACUUUAUUUGUAAACAUUUGCUCAAAGUCUUUAUUAAACUACAUUAGAAUAAUUUUACAAUAAUAAUACACAUCUUUAAUCUAUCUGUAUAACUUUCCAAGGAGUCAACUUUUUAUUAUAUAACUCAGAACUGCAACCAAAUCAAACAUAAAUAAGGUUCUCUAUUUCUGCUUAUCUCAACUGUUUCCAUCUCGUAGCCAUAACUCUUAUCAACUCAAAAUUAAUUUGUGAAAUUACAAAAUUAUUCAAAUUCUGGUCCCUACAGUUUUCGUUUGGUUGUAAUGUCUGUGCUUCACCACCAGGUGUCCGUCUUGUCUUAUUUUUCCUCAGUGACAGUUGAUGUCAGCACCCAAGAAAGAGAAUAUUGACUUUACUUCUUGAUGCAGAGUGAAAAGUAACUGCGGUGUGAAGUCUCAUAAAUUGUCAAACACCAAAAAAUGGCAUUAAAUGUCUUGAAUGCUCA